CAUCAACACAUGACAAAGAUAGGGUAGCACUGAAACAAUAGAAAGCUUAUGUCUGAAUUAUUCUCUCUUGACGAACCUAAUUUCUUUAAAAAUAAAAAAUAAAAAAGCAAAGAAAAAGUUUACACCAAAAAGAUGGAAAAGAAGCAGCUCUGAACUUUCAGAGAACACCACUUGUGUAGCUUAUUCUCCAUGUGAAUACACACUUCUUGAUCAGAAGUUUCAAAUUCACAUUUGAAAAUUAAACACGGCAAUCUCUCUGUUGUGUUUCAGCAGCUUCCCCGUUUCUCACUUGAUCAUCGUCGUCAUCCUCUUCAUCAACACCUUAAUUACCCUCCAAUCUUUCUCUUCUCUUAGAUAUCAUCAAAAACCCAAUUAGCAGCAAACACCUUUCCAAAACAAUAACCAUGAAGAAACUUCUUCUCCCUCCUCUGCCUCUUUACCUCCUUCCCCUGUUUUUCCAAAUCGCCACCCUACUCUCUGCACCUAUCUACACUCCGGUCGACGACAUCACCAUCAACUGUGGCUCUUCCGGAACCUCAUUAAACAUGGAUGACAACCGGAAUUGGACUGGAGAUAUCAACUCAAAACUCUCACCCUCUGAGUUUAACCAAGCUAACACCAACACCUCAUCCCAAGUCAGAGAAGCCCCUACCUCCUCCUCUGUUAGCCAAGUGCCUUACACCAUGGCUCGGCUUUCUCGCUCCGAAUUUACUUACAAAGUUCCCCUCUCCACCGGGCAGAAGUUUAUUCGCUUCUACUUCCGCCCAGUUUCAUAUGGCCCCGACUUUGACCGGUCCAAAGCCCUCUUCUCUGUCCAAGCAGGUGGCUUUACCCUUCUCCAUGAUUUCAAUGCUUCUGUAACUGCUGAUGCUGGUAAGACCGAGAAGCUAAUAAGAGAGUUCUGUUUGAACAUUGAUGAAGGACAGAGCUUGACCAUCACGUUCACUCCGAACAGAGCAAUUUCAGAUGCUUAUGCCUUUAUCAAUGGGAUUGAGAUUGUGUCCAUGCCUACCAAUCUUUACUACACUCCUCCUGAAAACCGAUAUGGGGCUGAUUUUGUAGGCAACGGAAACAAUUAUCUUAUUGAAAACAGCACGGCGAUGGAGACGGUGUACCGAAUAAACGUCGGCGGAAGCGGACUCUCAUUCGACCAAGACACUGGGAUGUACCGCAAUUGGGACAGUGUGGUAGAAGAGCAAAAAUACUUGGAUGAGUUGAGUUCCAGGUGGACUGUUCUUCCACAAAACGUUAGCAUUAAACCCAACUUUGUGAAAAUACCAGAGUACUCUGCUCCAGACGCAGUUUACCAAACUGGCCGGUCCAUGGGCAAGAACCACACCCAAAACAAGAGCUACAACCUGACCUGGGAAUUUCCCGUAGAUCCUAAGUUUUUUUACCUGCUCAGGCUUCAUUUCUGUGAGUUUGAGCCUGAAAUUAUCGACACCGGGUAUCGAUCGUUUAUAAUCUACAUAGCGAAUCAAACUGCUGAGCCACAAGCCGACAUAAUCAUGUGGAGUGGUGGAAAUGGGAGACCAAUCUACAAGGACUACGUCGUGUACAUGCCAGCAGGCCCUGAUCAGAAGAAAGUUAAGCUCUUUCUUGCACUGCAAGCAAACCGAAGAGAUUGGAUGACUGCAUACAAUGAUGUACUCUUGAACGGCCUUGAACUCUUCAAACUCAGUGAUACAAAUGGAAAUCUCGCAGGACCAAACCCCGACCCACCUCCACCAAAGCCGAUGCAGCCGAAAACCCCCUCAAAACAGUCGAAGAAGAAGUCAACUCCUAUGCUUGCCAUCGUUGCUGGUGCAGUUUCCGCCAUACUCGUAUUAUUCUGUGUCCUCGGAUUCUUUGUUUUCAGUCGAAGAAGAAGAGACAAGGAUACCGAUGAUGACCCAUUUGUACCUUCCGGUUUGUGUCGUGAGUUUUCAUUGUCGGAGAUCAAAGCCGCCACCAGAAACUUCAACGAGGGUUCUAUUAUCGGUGUUGGUGGGUUCGGCCACGUGUACAAAGGGAGCAUCGAUCAGGGCACCCUUGUUGCGAUCAAACGGCUUAAACCCGAGUCGCAACAAGGGGUCCCAGAGUUUAGGGCGGAGAUCGAUGUGCUCUCCCAACUCCGCCACCAACAUUUGGUGUCUCUCAUCGGGUACUGUAAAGAUAGAAGGGAAAUGAUCUUGGUGUAUGAGUACAUGGAAAAUAAGACUCUUAAUGAUCAUCUAAUGAACCCAAAAUCCGAUCCUAAUGCACAACCGCUUCCUUGGGAAAAACGGCUCCAGAUUUGUAUUGGCGCAGCGCGUGGUUUGCACUACCUUCACACUGGUGGUACGGAAGGCACCAUCAUUCACCGUGAUGUAAAAAGCACAAACAUUUUAUUGGACGAGAAAUGGGUGGCCAAAGUUUCAGAUUUCGGGUUGUCGAAAAUGGGCUCGAUGACCAUGUCCAAGACCCACAUUACCACGACAGUGAAGGGUAGUUAUGGGUAUUUGGACCCAGAAUACAUGCUCCGAAAUCAAUUGACCGAGAAGUCGGAUGUGUACUCAUUCGGUGUCGUGUUGUGUGAGGUGUUGUGUGCAAGGCCAGCCUUGAUGCGUACAGUGGAGAAGAAGGAAAUGAGUUUGGCUAUGUGGUUCAAGGCCUGCCAUCAAAAUGGGGAACUUGAUCAAAUCAUCGAUCCAAGCUUGAAGGGUAAAAUUGAAGACGAGUGCUUCAAAGUGUUCGUUGAGAUUGCGUUGAGUUGUAUGCAUGAGAAUGGGAAACAACGUCCGUCGAUGAACAACGUGGUGGAGGGGCUUGUGCAAGCCUUAAAACUUCAGCAGAACGGAGAUAAGAUGGACGAGGAUGAUGAAACCAAGGGUGAAAAGAAGGCUGCAAUUAUGAAUGAGAGCGACGGAGGCUUUAGUUCCAGCUGGACAGAGUCGUCGGAUUCGAAGAACAGUAGUCGGGUGACCAACAUGAGUAGUGACCAAAGUUGUUCGACCACCAACAAUUCCAUUAAAGGAAUGUCCGGGACAGUUUUUUCUGAGAUCAAAGAUCCCAGUGGAAGAUGAUGCAUGACGAUCAUGAGGAGCACUUGUAAUAAAAUUAAUACAAAUUUAUAAAUAAACCCAACCCUAGACAUGUAUUUAUAAAAAAAC